AUGUCUAGCUACCAUUACGGACAGGGUUACCCAGGAGCUGCUGGACAGGCCCCAGGAGCCCCACCAGGCAGUUAUUACCCAGGACAUCCCCAGUAUGGAGGAGGGCUGCCCCCUGGUGGGGGUUAUGGAGGCCCAGCUCCUGGAGGGCCUUAUGGACCACCAUCUGGUGGAGGGGCCUAUGGACAUCCCAGCCCAGGGGGGCUCCCCUCAGUAGCUCCUGGAGGACCGUAUGGAGGCUCUGCCCCAGGAGGUCCCUAUGGCCAGCCUGCGACAAAUCCCUAUAAUACCCCUCAGCCAGGCCCUUAUGGGCAAGGCCCAUCAGUAGGUAGCAUUCCUCCUGGUGUAGACCCUGAAGCAUACUCCUGGUUCCAUUCAGUGGAUUCAGAUCACAGUGGGUACAUCUCUGUGAAGGAGCUCAAGCAAGCCUUGGUCAACUCCAAUUGGUCCACAUUCAACGAUGAGACCUGCUUAAUGAUGAUAAAUAUGUUUGACAAGACCAAAGCAGGCCGUAUCGACCUCUUUGGCUUCUCUGCCUUGUGGACUUUCAUUCAGCAGUGGAAGAACCUCUUCCAGCAGUAUGACCGGGACCACUCAGGAUCCAUCAAUUACAAUGAGCUGAAGCAAGCUCUGUCUCAGAUGGGUUACAACCUGAGCCCCCAGUUCAUGAAGCUUCUGCUCUCCCGAUACUGCCCUCGUUCUUCCAACCCUUCCAUGCAGCUGGACCGCUUCAUCCAGGUGUGCACUCAGUUGCAAGUGCUGACGGAGGCCUUUCGGGAGAAAGACACGAGCAUGCAGGGCAAUGUCCGGCUCAGCUUUGAGGAGUUCCUCAUCAUGACAGCCUCACGGAUGUUGUGACCUCAACAUGGUGUGUGAGUUCUCCUUAGGGGCAGAGCCAGAGGAGAUACCUGUCCUCGGAGAUCCAGGGACCUUGAAGAAGCUUCCUCUGCCUCCCCACACUGGAAACAGUGGAGUUUUCUUCCCACUCCUCUCCCUUCUCUCCCCACUGCCCCCAAAAGAAAGUAGCGCUCCCCUUUCUUUGAGUGGUAACAUUCUCAGAAAGGAGCCUUAGAACCUGGUCAUGACUGCCACACCAUGAACAUGGGGGAGUAACCACCUCUGUAGGCCCUCAGCUCUAGAGCAGGGUGAGGAGUGACCUGUCAAGCAGCGCUCACCAGUGUGCUGCAUCAGCUUGCCUACAGGCCCAGGACACAGAAGGCUCAGCCCCCUUUGGUUUGGUCAGCUCAGGCCUUUGUAUCCAAGCCAAUCUUAUGGCCUUUCUUGAUGGCCAACGUCUGCGUUAGCUCAGCUCUCGCCGCUGUAUAUAUUUUCCUUACUUCCUUGUGUGUCAUUCUAUAUUAGACAGAUUUGGGUUUUCUGAAGAGAAACAAAGACCAGGGAAGGGCAAUUCCCAUGAACAUCCCCACCCCCUGCUGCCCAGCCCCAUGCUGUGCCCAUGCUGCUCCCCAGCACACCCCUUGUUGCCAAUGCAUCUCUGUUGUUUUCAGUCUGUAGGGGCCAAAAGUCCAACACAUCCAUAAGCUUCAAUAAAGGGGUGCUACCUCACAAA